AUCAGAUCCUUUAUCAUCCUGUACAGAAAAUGCGUUUCUCCAUCCUUGCCGUUAUUGUUGCUUUAACAGCAUCUGUGUCUGUCACUGGCACUGCAUGCAGUUACCUAAACGAGAAAUGUACCAUCACCAAGGAUUGCUGCGGUAACUUUUUUACCCUUUGUGAUACUCAUAGAUCUGCCAUUACAUCAGUGAUGAGUAGUUGCAACCGGGUUCACUGGCACAUCGCAAAAGUGAGUUAUAUCCCUCGCAUUCACGAUACCAUGGUUCAUAACGUUCAUAGUUGAUAGCACAACAUGUAGUUCGUUGCUGA